AAGCAACUUUCCUCGCCACUACAGUCGUACGCAAGCAAGGCGAGAAGAAAAGAAUUCGGUUCGCGUUUUGUGUGUGGCACAGGCCCAGUAGUGACUCUAGAUCUAUCGCGCACGUCGUAGUCCUCUUGGUGUCGUUGUCUCGCGCGUCCAAUUAAACAAUAAUCAUAGGAUUGGCUUAGAUCUGCGUCGGGAACGAUGUGUACUUCGUGUGCUGUGUAGUUGCCUCGAUCAGCAUACAAAAAUAGUGAUUAGUGUGUUAGGUCAACAUUCAGACGCUGGCUGGAGUGAUAGAGAAGAAACAGUCAGUCGAUUUGAGAAGAAACAGUCGAUUGCAGAUGCCACAGGAAGGAACAGCAGAGGGAGCGUAAAAAGUAUUAUUUAUUAGAGCAUUCAUCGUCGUCAUCUUCGGUGUAACCGGAGCAGCAGGCGUCGCAACGGUGUGAGACGGGACCGGGAAGUGCCCCCCGUCCCGUGUUGCACGUGUGCAGGCAGGAACUGCGGCAGACAGACCACACCGCACCGAAGAAGCUAAGCUGGAAUCGAAAGUAGCCCCGAAAAUGUCACGGCUAGCCGAUUACUUUGUAAUAGUGGGAUACGAUCACGAAAAAGAGCGAACCGGCACACGUAAUGGCAAAAUCAUACAACGCUUCCCAGAGAAAGACUGGCCCGAUACGCCAUUUAUCGCUGGCAUUGAAUGGUUUUGUCAACCCCAAGGCUGGUCACUAUCAACGGUUCGCCAAGAGCCACAGUUCUUCGUAUCCGUGCUUACGGAUAUCGAUGCAAACCGGCACUACUGCGCCUGCCUCUGCUUCAACGAGACAAUCGCGAUCACCCCCAGUAAGCCGAUCGACGAAGAGGAAGAGGACGACAGUCUGUCCGCCACUAGCAGAGCUUUGCUGGCCGCUAGCAGCGGCCCUCCCUCGAUCACCCAUCACAGUAUAAUGUACGCCCCGAAGUGUUUGGUGAUCGUAUCACGGCUGGAUUACAUCGAAACCUUCCGGAACUGCCUCGGCACGAUCUACACCGUGUACCUCGAGAGUCUCAAAUUUCACCUGCAUCAUCUCAUCGGAAGCAUACUGGGAUGCAUUCAGGUGCCACCGCCCGGGGGACCGCAGGUCCGUUUUUCAAUCGGUGCCGGUGACAAACAAGUCUUGCAGCCACCGCUUUCCCACACACUACCAGUGACAGGAUCCUGUGUUAGUUUGCUGUUCCAGCAGCUGGGUACGAAAAAUGUGAUGCUCCUGUUUUGCGCGGUUAUGACCGAGCAUAAAAUACUCUUCCACUCGACUAGUUACUCACGGCUGACGGACAGCUGCCGAGCACUGACUGCAUUGAUGUAUCCAUUCCGCUACAGUCACGUUUACAUUCCGAUUCUGCCGGCCUCGCUGGUGGAAGUCCUUUCCACACCGACACCGUUUAUCAUGGGUAUUCACAGUGCGAUGCAGUCAGAUGUGACGGAAGUACUCGAUGUGAUAGUGGCCGAUUUGGAUGGAGGAUCGAUUCAUAUACCGGAAUCGUUAGUGCCACCUGUGGCAAAACUGCCACGGGCUUUGUGGGAAGCAACGGAAAACGCAUUGCAGCUAGUUCUUCAUCCCGAGCUGGCACUGGCGGAUCUGGCCUUUCCACCAAAUAACAAUAAUAAUAACAACAACGGCGCAGGAUACGGGUUUCGAACGGAGCACAAGACGGAUGCCAUGCUGGACAAGGAGAUACGAGCAGUCUUCAUGCGGUUAUUUGCCCAACUGUUGCAAGGCUACCGAUCCUGUUUGACACUGAUCAGAAUCAAUCCGAAACCGAUAAUUCAAUUUCAUCGGGCAGGGUUUCUGGGAGCACGUGACUUGGUGGACUGCAAUUUCCUGUCGCGAGUGUUGGACAGUAUGUUCUUCACCGGAUUUGUCACGGAACGAGGGCCUCCAUGGCGGCCUUGCGAUGCAUGGGAUGAGCUCUACAGUUCAAUGAAUGAUUUGCUCAAACAGGAGGCGCACGAUCCUAGCCUAGUGCUGGUGCACAUCCAGGAGCUGGCGAAGCAGUUGUACAAUAACGAAAAUCCAAAUCCCCAACCGUAUCAGCAAAAGAUCUUACGACCACCGGAGGGAGCAUUCGAAAGAAUUCAUCAACCGCCAAUGCCAUUGAUUGACGCUCAGGAGGUUCAGAAUGUGAUAAACAACGGGCUGGCGGCGAACGAUUUGCAAGCUAGAUUGCAAACUAUUCGACCUACGCCAAGGAUUGUUCCGAUGGGACCCUAUCUGAAGGCAGCCCCCGAGUUGCGGCCGAUCGUAAACAACAGUGCAAGAAAGCUAGAAGUUCUGAAAACCUGCAUUAGCUGUAUUUUCGAUAAUAAAAUUACGGAAGCUAGAAAGAGUUUUCCCGCGGUUCUUCGAAUAUUGAAGCAACGGGAUGCCAGAUCAACCCUGUGCCGCGAGUUAGCUAAGAUUUCACACGGAAACAAACAGUUGGAUCAUCAGCAGUUUGACCUUGUAGUGAAGCUAAUGAAUCGCGCCUUGCAGGAUGAUUCAUCUAAGGAUGAAUAUGGGGUGGCCGCCGCUUUAUUGCCCCUUUCAACAACUUUCUGCCGAAAGUUGUGCACAGGAGUGAUUCAAUUUGCCUACACCUGUAUUCAGGAUCAUCCAGUUUGGAAAAAUCAGCAAUUCUGGGAGGACGCCUUCUACCAUGAUGUGCAAAAUUUUAUCAAAGAGCUUUACCUACCACGACAUAGUAUAGUGGAAAAAUCGGCCUACAGCAGCUGGUCUACGGUGGAUAAUGGGUUAACGCAUUCAACGUCACGCGAUAAAAUGGACCGAGCUACGCUGCUUUCCAGGGUACAGGAACCUUCAGCACUGGAAAUCGCAGCCGAUCAGAUGCGUAUUUGGCCGUCGGUUGAUGCCGAGAAACAAUUGGAACUAAUCAGUUCCGAGGAGAAAACCCUGUACAGUCAGGCUAUUCAUUACGCUAAUCGGAUGGUAUUUCUGCUGAUCCCUCAGGAUGUAAACACUGGCGGUAGAGUUCAAAAGAUGGAUUCCCACGCAGAUGAUGAUGCGAGUGUUUCGAAUAGCGUCAUCGAGUCGCACAGCCACAGCGAUCACAGUGACGAAGGCUUUGAGGAUAACGAUCCCGGUGAGGUAGGCUCCCAGGUGGCCAAGAUGGUGUGUAAAUUUAUCGAUCGGGUGUGCAAUGAGGGGAACGUUACCGCGGAACAUUUGCGAAAUCUGCACCAGAUGGUGCCCGGUGUAAUACAGAUGCAUAUCGAAACGCUGGAGUCGGUCAAUCGGGAAGCCAAACGAAUUCCUCCCAUUCAGAAGCCUAAGCUGCAGUAUCCAUCCUUGCUGCUGGGUGAGGAAAUCAUUGGAGAGCCCAUGCGAGUGUAUCUGCUAGCGGACGGCCGAGAGGAGAAGGAAGUGGGAAAUUCUAACCUACUGCCAGCAGAAGGAGCCCUAUUUCUAACAAACUACCGUAUCGUGUUCAAGGGAUGGCCUUGCGAUCCGUACUGCUGUGAGCAGAGUAUCGUCAGAGCUUUCCCAAUCUCAUCGCUAACCAAAGAGAAACGUCUUACAGUGAUCUAUUUGCAGCACUUGGAGCAAGUGUUGCAGGAAGGAAUGCAAUUACGAUCCUGCACGUUCCAACUGAUCAAGGUCGCGUUCGACGAGGAAGUGAUGCAGGAAGCGAUUGAAGCAUUCCGAAAGACUGUACAUAAAGUGCGCCAUCCAGAGGAUGAAUUUUCGCAUUUUGCGUUUGCCACAACGCACGGCAUUGCGAAUUCGACUCCACUACAUAAGGUAAAGGAAAAGAAUGCCACUCUUAAAGAUUUCGCUAAAAAGACACUGCUUCGAACGGCAAAGAAAGCAGGAUUCAAGCAGAAGGGGGCUACGAAGCGGAAGUACAUCCUUCCGGGGGCUGAUUUUGAAGAGACCUAUGGAAGCAGCGCAACGGGAAUCAACGAGAAUCCAGAGGACGAGGACGGCUCCGAUGAGGGAGCAGACACCAUGCCACGCGUAACGGUUAAAGAUGUGGAACGGCUGAAAGAACGAAGCUACGUAAAAGAUUGGCUCCGAGUAGGACUGGGUGAUGUACAAACUGGAUACCGAAUAAGCUCGCUUAAUUGCAAUUAUAGUCUGUGUAGAACCUAUCCCGCAAUGCUGGUAUGUCCCAAAGAUGUUAGCGACGAUGCCCUUCGGAACCUUUCUCGAUGCUACAAACAUCAUCGGAUACCGACAGCCACCUGGAGACACAAAAAUGGAGCAACAUUGCUACGAGGUGCGGUUCCGUUGGCCAAGGGUGUUAUGGGAAUGCUCAAGGGACACCCCGGAUCUUCCAAUACCUCAGCAGACUCGGCCAGCUUUCAAGAGCAAGAUCGUUAUUUUGUAUCGGUAAUUAAAACCACACCUCAUACUCGAACAAUCCGACACAAUUGGGGUAUGUCCGAUUCAAACAGCUCGCUUGAUUCCCUAACGCAAGCGGCAAAUCUUAUGACCCGCUCCGAUAUGUCAACCCUAACACCGGACGUUGGCCGUAAAAGCAACAAAAGCAAUGGGCUGUAUUCGAUAAACAAUUCAUCGUUUUCCAGCUUCGGAGCAAUCCGACCAAACACCAAAACCAACAAAUGGGGCUCUCUAAAACCCAACAGUGGUCAGGCAUCGCGUGACAUUCGAGAUCACUGGGACCAACAGUCUGCACAGAACUACACUUUCCAACGUGUGCCAUUAUACUUCCUCGGUGAAAAGUCGCAGUCCAAGUCAGCCAAGCUGUCCGAGAUGUGGGCCGAGUUCAUACCCGUAGAUUAUACUGACGUGCGGCACUCGCGAAACGCUUUCAAAAAACUUAUGCGAGCCUGUUUACCAUCCUGCGUUAGUACCGAGCCCGAUCAGACUUUCUCACGGCUGCUGGAGCAAUCGGAAUGGCUCCAGCAGAUACGUGGUCUCCUGCAACUGUCAGGUGCCGUAGUAGAUCUGAUGGAUCUCCAGGAAUCCAGUGUCACCCUAGCGCUUGAAGAUGGUUGGGAUGUGACGGCGCAGAUUUCCAGCUUGGCUCAACUUUGUUUAGAUCCGUACUAUCGUACCAUUGAGGGUUUCCGCGUGUUGAUCGAGAAAGAAUGGCUUGCGUUCGGCCAUCGUUUCGGUCAUCGAAGCAAUCUCAAACCGAACAGCAGCUCUGGCUCUCCGUUUGCGCCGACGUUUCUGCAAUUUUUGGAUGCAGUUCACCAGGUCCAAUCCCAGUUUCCGCUCGCCUUUGAGUUCAAUGAAUUUUACCUACGAUUCCUAGCCUAUCACCAUGUGAGCUGUCGUUUCCGAACGUUUUUGUUCGAUUGUGAACUAGACCGGGUCGAAGCUGGCAUUACCGCAAUAGACGACAAACGCGGAUCUCUUAACUCUCACCACAAACAUGUGGUGGAAACGUUGACCGUUUCGGAUGAUGACAAUAUCUACCCGGGAGGGGUUGGUGGUGGAGUUGGUCGCGGCAAUCAUGCAUCCAACACGCAAAAGUUUGGUCUCUCACUGUUCGAUUAUAUCGAGCGACAGCAUGCCAAGAAUCCAAUCUUUUACAACUUCAUGUACACCCCGGAUCCGGACCGAACAGUACUUCGACCGCAGAGUUCCAUCUCGGUACUGGAGGUGUGGUCCUACUAUCUAGACGAAGAGCUAGCUCAAGGUCCACCGUACGAUCCGGAGCUGGUCUGCAGUGACAAUCUAGAGGAGGAUAGCGAUUAUGUCGGUAGUGGAAGUCUAGUCAAUCGGCAGCCCCGUCGGAAGGUGGUAUCCGUCGGCUACGACAGUCUGAACAAAUACGACGCGGAUGUUUUCUCGCGCCUGCUGGAGGAGUUGAAGAAUGCCGAAGCCGAACGGGGCCUGUUACCGCAAAAGUGGCGCCAAGUGUGGGACAAACUAGAACUUCCCCACUCGGACUCGCUGACCAGGCAUGCUUCGUUCAGUAGCGCCCUGGUUAGGUGUCACGGUCGGCUGUUGCAUAAGAGAUCAACUUUGGAAAUUAUCAUGCGCGGUCGCCAAGUCGGUUAUCAUCAGGAGAACUUCCUGCAUCCACAUCGAUUCGAGAAGCAUGCCUACUCGGCUCCGAUCAACUGUAACCACUGCGGCAACGUUCUUUGGGGACCUUUGCUUAACGGAUUACGGUGUGUCGACUGUGGUAACACCUACCACGAAAAGUGCGCCGAAUCAGUACCGAAAAACUGCACCAAGUACAAGGCAGUCGAGGGCAACCCGCCAACGUUAGCCCGCAAUCAGAGCGACAACUGUAGUGUCUCAUCCAGUGUAAAUACGACCAACCCCACCAACCAGCACUAUUACGACCAGUACAGCAGCAAUGUACCGGACGAUAGAACUCAUGAAGGAUAUUUGUACAAACGAGGUGCGAUACUGAAGAACUGGAAACAGCGGUGGUUCGUGCUGGAUUCUCACAAGCAUCAGCUGCGAUAUUACGAUGCUAUGGAGGAUUGUAACUGUAAAGGGUUUAUAGAUCUGGCUGAAGUGCAGUCCGUAGCACAGGCACCUAUGCAGGCGGCACCGGUACCCUCUAAGAAGAUUGACGAGAAGGCAUUCUUUGAUCUGAAGACGAGUCGACGCACGUACAACUUCUACGCGGCGGAUGCAUCCAGCGCCCAGGGUUGGAUCGAGAAGAUACAGGCCUGCCUGCAGUAGGGUCCACAGUCUCACUGUCUCGAAAAUACAAACAACACAUUCACAUUCAGCAUCAGCAAGAUAACUUUGAAUUUCCCAACGGAUUUCGAUCGACACAUACUCAUCGAUAGUACAUGUACGUCUAGGUAGGUACGCAGUAGUAGUUAAAUAUGCAUUCAACCAGCAGCAGCAAAAGCAGUAGAUAAUCGACUUUCAAUUGCUUUGCUUAAGGGGGGACCCUACUCUAGAAGGUCGAAAAAUCAUGAAUUUUCAUAUUUUUUUUUUGGCUGUCUAGAGUAAAGUGAAGUGUUUGGAUAUUUUGGCUAUUGAUUAAGGUAUAUUUGAAGAUGUAUUUUCCAUGUCGUGAAUGUAAAUAUAGUGAGUAUUACACUGUUGGCAGCUGGGAACGUGGAUGCUCUCUCUAAAUCAGUACCUAACUGGUGGUAAAUUUUUCUCAGCUUCUAGUAAACCGGUUGGGCUGAAAUUUUUUUUCAGUAUAUAGAAACAUAUUAUCUAUCUUGUUACGUAGCCGUUUUUGAAAAUUCCUAAAAUUGCCAAAAUGGCGGCCAUUUUAGUAAAAAAAUUGUUUUUUUUUCAUGAAAAAUCACUAUUUAAAAAAUCAUAAAACAUUGAAAAACUCAGAUAUCAAAAAACGGCUACGUAAUAAGUUAGAUAAUCCAUUUUACAUGUUAAAAAAAAAUCAGCAAAAUCGGUUCAGUAGAUGCUGAGAAAAACUUACCACCAGUUGAAAAAACAUGGUUCCGAGAAAAACACUGCCAAUAGCGUAAUACUCACUAUAUUUGCACCCACGGUACAUAAAAUACAUCUUCAAAUAUACCUUAAUCCAUAGCCAAAAUGCCCAAACACCUCACCUUUCUCUAAACAUCCGAAAAAAAUAUCACGAAAAUUCAUUAUUUUUCAACUUUCCAGAGUAGGGUCCCCCCUUAAUUCGGAGAAAUGCGCGUGCAAUUGGAUUAGGAGUGGAGAUGAAAUUUCAUAUCAGUGCAUGAACGCCGUGCACGCGGAAAGACGGGCUUUAGUUGUUAUAGCAAGUAGGAUAACGCAAACUCGAAUGGAAAAACCACGAUCAGCAAACGAUGGUUAGAAAAUCAAAACGAAAAAUGCAAGUAUUCAUCCGUGCACACGUGUCAUUCUAUUGUUUCGCAUUUUUCUUGUGUAUAUUCUUCGGUACAAUGCUGGUAGGUAUCAAACAUGUAAACAUAUACAUAUAAGGACGAUGAAAAAAAUGUGUCAUAAGAAAAAAACAGAGAUAAUGUUACUAGAUUCAUUCAUGCGGUUUCCCUUUAUUUUCCGCGGGAAAUCAUCUACACCAAAAGAUUGUUGUUUUCAUCUUCAUUAUCGUGCAUUUAUUUCUAAUCGAGCGAUUGCAGAGCAUUCUUUCAAAAAGAAAACUGCUGCCACCGUUCAUAUAUCAUACUAUAUAUCAUCAAAGCUGCAACUUGUAUUAUAUGAAUAUUUUACUCUCUAUUCGUUUCUAAGUGUUGAAUCGUUUCAAGUUCGGUUAGACGUUAGGGUUAACAGAAACAGCUCAAAUAUAUUAAAACACCUGAACGUGAGGCACCCUCUCGGCAUUGCAAGAAUUUCAACCAUCGCGUUUAAAUAGAAUAACCAAACUUCAUACUGCUAACUAGGUGCCUGAAGUUUCGAUUUCCUCCGUUCGGCUUCCAACCGGAAAACCUCCAUGUGAUAUGCUGCUUUAUAUUGUUUAGCUUUUACUUUAUGCUAGUUUAAAAAGAAAACCGUACGAUAUAAUGAAAAUAGCUGGUCGCAGUGCCGUGUUAGUUUGCUUCUUAUCUCUUUUUUGUUCAACCAUACGUUGAAGACACCAGUUGAGAACCACUCACCUCCAGCUUAUCAGUGAAGCAAGGGACCAUUCCUGUGUAAGCACACUAACUGUUUCGUUUCCAGUAACUGUCUUCCCAGCGUUUUACUCAAUUUUCUUCCAGUGUGUACUGUUAUAGUAUUUCAGUAGAUUUCACUCAACGUCUCUGUGAGUAGAGCUCUGAGAUAUACCCGCGUUGAACUCAACUGUACUGUAACAUAAAACUAGCGUCGAGCGAAAGCAAACAACCUCCAAAACUGGUAGGGUCGUAGAAAAAAAUCAACCGAUACUUCGGAAACGUAGCAAAAAAUAAAAAACUAAACACUAUUCGAUAUUAUCAGUGGAUAUUAUCUCAGCAUCCUGUACAAAUUUUCAAACCACUAGAUCUUAAUAGGUAUGUCAUUAUAAUCCAGCGAUUAAGAGGUAAAACGCAUGGAACAAACGUGAAUGAAAAGCAUAAGUGUCUAUAGGUCAAUACUAUUACUAUUGUGACUAUUAUAUAUGAAAUUCUAUAUACAGCAAA